AAAAGAGAAUUUAUCCUAUUUCCAACCAACCCCAACUCCACCGCAAAUCGUACUUCCCUAGCAGUUUUAGACAUUUCAUUCACUAUAACUUUUGUAGUCUAAUUUUGUCGGAUAAUCGUUCUUUGUUAUAUACCAUUCCUCUUCGAGGAUCUAAAAUUUCCCCACACAAAAAAAAUUAAAAUUUCUUUUUUCUUUUUUUUGCAACUGGCGGAUAUUUAUUUAUGCGAUUAUUUCGAAAUUUGGUCCGGAUAAAUAUUAAUUUUAGCCUUAUGGACUUGGUUGAUUAAUUGAUUGAUUUAACAAUUAUUAUUGUGGAAAAUGACUUGGAUAAUAGGAAACUAAGGUUUUGGGAUAAAUUAUUAUCAACUGUUUUUAUGAUCUGGCAUAUAUAAUCAGAAUGAAAUAACCAUUCCAUUCGUAUACCAUCAUCAUCAACAACAAUUUCUUAAUAUCACCAAACUCCAUAACACCAUAUUAUUAACGAUGACUAUAAGUGAAGCCCCAACCAUUAAUCACGACAGCACCGCUGAUUCCAAUUCAUCUUAUACUUCAUUCACUACCAUUGCUACAGCUCCAAUAUCAUUGGACAUCAUCAUUGUAGGUGCUGGUUUAGGAGGAUUAACUGCAGCCAUUGGAUUAACAUUAGCAGGUCAUAAUGUUACUGUGUUAGAACAAGCUGCUGAAUUAGGAGAAGUUGGAGCUGGGAUUCAAAUUCCUCCCCCUUCAUCCAAGAUUUUAAAAACCAUUGGAUGUUUAGAUUCAGUAUUAUCAAAAGCUAUCUUACCUUAUGAUUUUAAAAUUUUUAGUUGGAAAUCAGGUAAUUUGAUUUCAGAACAAAAUUUAAUCCCUUAUGUUAAAGAUCAAUAUCAUGGAGAAUAUAUUCAUGUUCAUAGAGCUGAUUAUCAUCGUGUUUUGGUGGAAAGAUGUGAAGAGUUGAACGUUAAAGUAUUAUUAAAUUCGCGUGUUGAUCAUAUUGAUUUUGAUUCAAAUACCGUUACAACUUCAACUCGUAUAUCAUAUACAGGAGAUAUCAUUGUCGGUUACGAUGGUAUUAAAUCUGAAUUAAGAUCAUUUAUAUUGGGAUAUCCUGAUUUACCUUAUAAUACAGGAGAUUUAGCUUAUAGAGCUUUAAUUGAUGUUGAAGAAAUGAAAAAAUAUGAUGAAUUGAAAUUUCUUUAUGAAAAACCAAAUAUAAACUUUUGGUGGGGUCCUCAAUCUCAUAUUGUGGUUUAUCUUUUACAAGGUGGAAAGACAUGUAAUGUGGUUAUAUUAAGUCCUGAUAAUUUAGAACCAGGAGUAUUUGUUGAACAUUCCUCAAAGGAAGAAUUAACCGAAUUAUUCAAAGAUUGGGAUCCAAGAUUAAUUAAAUUAUUUGAAUUAAUUCAUUCAACUUCAAAAUGGAAAUUACAAAACCUGAGAGAAUUAUCAACUUGGACUCAUAAAUCUUCCAAUUGUAUUAUAUUAGGUGAUGCAUCUCAUGCUACUUUACCUUAUUUGGCAAGUGGAGCUUCAUCAGCUUUAGAAGAUGCGGCAGUUUUAACGGGAUUAUUAAGUCAUAUUGAAUCUAAAGAUCAAAUUCAUCCCAUUUUAGAAUUAACUGAAUCAUUAAGAAAAUGGAGAUCAACUCAAAUUGUAAAAGGAUCAACUCAAUGUCAAAAUAUUUAUCAUUUAAAAGAUGGUCAAGAUCAAUUAAUUAGGGAUUCAAAAUUGGCCGAUUUACCUCCAAAGAUUGGAUAUCCUAAUAGAUGGGCAGAUCCAAGUUUUCAACAAUUCUUAUGGGGUUAUGAAGCAUUUGAUGAAGCUGAAAGAGGUUGGAAAGAAUUUAAAAAGGGUAAUCAUUCAGUUAAAUAUCAUUUUGAUAAUUUAUAUGAAGAUUCUAAAUUGUGAUUUUCUCUUUUACAUUAUUUAAGUUUUUUAAUUUUUUUUAUAAUAAUAAUAAAUAACACAUAUAUUAGGAUAACCGAAACCUUUAAAUAAACAAUAUACAAAUUAAUAAGAUAAUAAAAGGAGAGUAGAGAAUUAAAACU